AGUUCCAUCAGCUUCUACAGAAAGUCGCCAUCUUAGAGGACGAACAGUCGCAGACGGUUUUUCACUGUCUUUGAUCGUAAUCGUCAACCAACCGAUAAAUACCUUCAUUCGAACCUCAAAACGCCAAAUAAAGAUGCGCCACUCCAAGCGAAUGCGCUCCCCGGGCCUCUGGCUGGACGAGUACGGCUGGGAAGAAAGAAUGGAGUGCCGCAAACGCAGGAGACGAGACUCUCAUAGCAGCGAAAGAGAAAAUGGAGCCAGAAGAACUCCUCAUUACAAGACGUAUGAUGGGCAUUACCUGGAGGCCCGCAGUCUGAACCAGAGGCUGGAUUCUCAGGAGCAGUACGCCUGUGAACGCAGUGUAGACGUGGCCUGCAAUGAUGACAGCUGUGAAGACGCUUACAAGGACAGAGAUUUGGACUGGCACCACUACAGCAAGUCCUCUGGGCGUAGUGGUCGCAGCAGGCGAAGCAGUCGCAGGCACAAAGAGAGAAGACACCGACGCAGUCACUCUCGGCACAGGUCCUCAUCGAGGAGGAGCCAUCGCCGCAGGAGCAGGAAAAGAUCCAGGAGUGUUGAGGAUGAUGACGAGGGUCACCUCAUCUAUCACAAUGGAGACAUGCUGAAAGCGAGAUAUGAGAUUUUGUGUACUCUAGGAGAGGGGGCCUUUGGGAAGGUCGUCGAGUGCAUUGAUCAUGAAAAUGAUGGGGCUCGAGUGGCUCUGAAGAUCAUUAAAAAUAUUGAUCGCUACAGAGAAGCAGCUCUGUCAGAAGUAGAGGUGCUUAAACACCUGAACACCAUCGACGCUGACAGACGAUAUUCUUGUGUCCACAUGCUGGACUGGUUCGACUAUCACGGACACGUUUGCAUCUCCUUCGAGCUGCUUGGCCUCAGCACAUACGACUUCUUGAAGGAGAAUAAUUUCCAGCCGUUUCCUGUUAAACAGAUCAGACACAUGGCUUACCAGAUCAUCCGAGCUGUGAAAUUUCUGCAUAAGCACAAACUGACUCACACAGACCUGAAGCCUGAAAACAUCUUAUUAAUAGAUUCCGACUACGACAUGGAGUACAACCGUGCGAAGAGACGAGACGAGCGCACACUGAAGAACCCAGACGUGAAAAUUGUAGACUUCGGCAACGCCACCUAUGAUCAUGAGCACCACACCUCCGUAGUUUCAACUCGCCACUAUCGUGCCCCGGAGGUGAUUUUAGACUUGGGCUGGGACCAUUCCUGUGACGUCUGGAGCAUCGGCUGCAUCCUCAUCGAGUAUUAUCUCGGAACAACCCUCUUCCAGACGCAUGACAGCAAGGAGCAUCUUGCUAUGAUGGAGAGAGUCCUGGGCCCCAUCCCUACACACCUUCUGGAGAAAACAAAGAAACGGCGGUACGUCCACCGAAACAAGCUGGACUGGGAUGUUCACAGCUCCUCUGGGAGAUACGUCAAGAAGCACUGCAAACCCCUCAAGCAUUACAUUGUGUCCAGAAGCGAGGACCACCGGCUGCUUUUUGACCUGAUAGAGAAGAUGAUGGAGUACGACCCAGCCAAGCGCCUCAGCCUGGAGCAGGCCCUGAGACAUCCCUUCUUCGACUGCUACUACAAGAGCAGCAGCAACAGGAAGAGCAGCAGCAGAGGCAGCAGCGCCAGAAGCUCCAGCAGCAGCAGCGGCGGCAGCAAAUGAGGCUGAAGCUGUGCCCAUGUCAACAUACCUGUUACCAUGGCGCUAUCAGCCUCUGCAUCCCGACUCUCCAGGAGAGAUGUACUCUUGACUGUAUCAGUCACUGGCCCGCUUUGCUGAGUCCUGUUCAUUAAACUGCUGUUUAGUUUCCUUCUCUUGCUGUUUUGGUGUCAAUCUCAGCAACCGAUGUCUGAUUUAUUUAAGUUGUACCGUCUAAACAUUAGUGAAACCUUUUUAAAAUGAUCUUUUCUGUCUGAUGUGGGUAAACAACGCUUCUUAAUUCUUGCUCACCAGUGCUCUCUUUAGGAUUGCUGAUGCAUAAAAAUUAAAAAGGUGUGUGGGGGGAGGGGUGAACCUUGUAUAUAGUCUUCGAAUGCUUUUUUUUCAUUGACUGGUUAUGUAUUUGUAGCGCUGAGUCUCAAUAAACGUGACCGGAUGAAAACUAAAA